AUGACCUUCUAUUUUCUUCCUUUUCUAGACAUCUGUUUUUUCUUCCUUUUUAGAGACAUCUGUUUUCUUCCUUUUUCGACGUCUGUUUUCUUCCUUUUUUCUGUUUUCUUCCUUUUCGACGUCAGUUUUCUUCCUUUUUCGACGUCUGUUUUCUUCCUUUUCUCGACGUCUGUUUUUCUCCCGUUUUCGACGCGUCUUUUUUCUCCGUUUCGACGUCUGUUUUUCUCCCGUUUUCGACGUCUGUUUUUCUCCUUUCGAGACGUCUGUUUUUCUCGACGUCUGUUUUUUCCCGUUUCUCGACGUCUGUUUUUCUCCCUUUUCGAGACGUCUGUUUUCUCCUUUCGAGACGUCUGUUUUUCUCCCUGUUUUUUUCGAGACGUCUGUUUUUCUCCCUUUUCGAGACGUCUGUUUUUCUCCCUUUUUCGAGACGUCUGUUUUUCCCUCGACGCCUGUUUUUUCCCGAGACGCGUCUGUUUUCUCCUUUUCGAGACGUCUGUUUUUUCCCCUUUUCGAGACGUCUGUUUUUCUCCCUUUUCGAGACGUCUGUUUUUCUCCCUUUUCGAGACGUCUGUUUUUCUCCCUUUUCGAGACGUCUGUUUUUCUCCCUUUUCGAGACGUCUGUUUUUCUCCCUUUUCGAGACGUCUGUUUUUCUCCCUUUUCGAGACGUCUGUUUUUCUCCCUUUUCGAGACGUCUGUUUUUCUCCCUUUUCGAGACGUCUGUUUUUCUCCCUUUUCGAGACGUCUGUUUUUCUCCCUUUUCGAGACGUCUGUUUUUCUCCCUUUUCGAGACGUCUGUUUUUCUCCCUUUUCGAGACGUCUGUUUCCAUUCAUCUAGAAUUAGUUUGUGA